UCAUCAAACUACGACACGCUGGAGACGUAGGUUUUGUGAGACGAUUUGUUUACAUCAUGGCGGCGGUGGAUUUCAGAGACAAUCUUCUCGGGAUAUCCUGGGUCGACAGUGGCUGGGUACCGAUUCUUAACCCUGGAAAUGUACUGGACUAUUUCUCUGAGAGAAGCAACCCCUUCUAUGACCGAACCUGUAACAAUGAGGUAGUGAAGAUGCAGCGGCUCACUCUGGAGCAUCUGAAUCAAAUGGUGGGAGUGGAAUACAUUCUUCUUCAUGCUCAGGAGCCAAUACUUUAUAUAAUCCGUAAACAACAGAGGCAGUCGCCGACACAGGUGAUUCCCUUGGCUGACUACUACAUCAUAGCAGGAGUGGUGUAUCAGGCCCCAGAUCUGGGAACAGUUAUCAGCUCCAGAGUGCUUUCUGCUGUCCAUGGAAUCCAGUCCGCUUUUGAUGAGGCCAUGUCAUAUUGUCGCUAUCACCCAUCCAAAGGAUACUGGUGGCACUUCAAGGACCAGGAGGAGAGAGAAAAAGCCAAGCCCAAAUCUAAGAAGAAAGAGGAGCCAAGUUCACUGUUUCAGAGGCACCGUGUUGACACACUCCUUUUGGACCUCAGGUCUAAGUUUCCGCCAACAUUCUACCAGCCUAAGCCUGGUGAGAAGCCUAUUCCAGUUGAGGUGAAGAAAGAGCCUGAACCCCCCACAGAAACCGUAAAACAAGAGGAAAGGGAACCUGCCGCAAAGUCCUCAGCCCCAGCUCCUCCAAGCAAACCGCCUCCAGAGAAGAGAGCAAGGCUACAGUGACAUUGUUCUCACAGUCUGGGAAAAUGAAGCAAGGAAAUGUGAAGUCCUGCAGCACCACCCGAAAGAACAGCUUGGCAGUAUUUUUGUUUCCUCUCCACUCUGCUCAGUUGAUCAGCUAACAGGAUGCUAAGAAUGAACUGGUACAAAAAGGGUCAGUCAGUGUCAGGACUACUUUUACACUGUAACCGUAGUCUUAUACACUUGAUAGCUUUGGACAUUUCAGGCAGAUGCACUGCAGGGGUUAACUGCUUGAUGUCAGCAGGCAUUUAGUGGUAGUAUUUGCUAAGGAUGAGGUUUUUUGAUGGUAAGCUGACAUCAGCAUGAGUGUCGAUUUACUGUUGACAUCAGCAUGUUUGUGUUGUCCUGACUAACAGAGUGUAGUUUAAUUCCCAGUGUGCUUUACAGGGGGAUAAUGCAUCAUCUCAUCUGAAAAGCGAAAAGUCUUCCCACAUGACCACCUCUCUAAUUACAAACACUUUCAGUUGUUUGUUUGUUUGUUUUUUUUAAAGAAUAUUCUACUUUGGUGUUUUUGUAUUAAAAUAUCAACCACUGUGUCCUAA